AGGGAGCUGCCACUCACCGGUUUCGAGUAGCAGCCGAGGCGGCGGGGCUGGUUUAAAGGCGCAUCUCCAGAACUGUUGCCUACCAGAGCUACCGAUUCGGCGAUUGAGGUUGAAGGCGAGCCAUUGCUGCACACAGAUACACCAAUAUGCCUGGAUCCCUACCUGUGAAUGCUGAAGCCUGUUGGCCAAAAGAUGUGGGAAUUGUAGCUUUGGAAAUCUAUUUUCCUUCCCAGUAUGUUGACCAGGUAGAGUUAGAGAAAUUUGAUGGAGUGGAUGCAGGCAAAUACACCAUUGGCUUGGGACAAUCCAAGAUGGGCUUCUGCUCUGACAGGGAGGAUAUCAAUUCACUCUGCCUCACUGCAGUCCAGAAGCUGAUGGAGCGCAAUAGCCUGUCCUACGAUUGCAUUGGAAGACUUGAAGUUGGAACGGAGACGAUCAUUGACAAAUCCAAAUCUGUAAAGACAGUCCUGAUGCAGCUCUUUGAAGAAUCUGGUAACACAGAUGUGGAGGGCAUUGACACAACAAAUGCAUGUUAUGGAGGCACAGCUGCACUCUUCAAUGCCAUUAACUGGGUGGAAUCUAGUUCCUGGGAUGGGCGUUAUGCACUUGUUGUUGCUGGAGACAUAGCUGUAUAUGCCACUGGGAAUGCCAGACCAACUGGAGGAGCUGGUGCUGUUGCUAUGCUUGUGGGUCCAAAUGCACCUCUCAUUUUUGAACGAGGAUUGCGUGGAACUCACAUGCAGCAUGCAUAUGACUUUUAUAAACCUGAUAUGGUAUCUGAGUAUCCUGUGGUAGAUGGCAAGCUUUCCAUACAAUGCUACCUCAAUGCACUGGAUCGCUGUUACAAUGUCUAUCGCAAGAAAAUCCAUGCCCAAUGGCAGAAAGAGGGAAUUGACAAGGACUUCACCCUGAAUGAUUUUGGCUUCAUAAUCUUUCAUUCUCCAUAUUGCAAACUUGUUCAGAAAUCUGUAGCCCGCCUGCUGCUGAAUGACUUUCUUAAUGAGCCAACACUCUCGAAAGAAAAUGACAUUUACAAUGGCCUGGAAGCAUUUAGAGAUCUAAAACUGGAAGACACCUACUUUGACAGAGAUGUGGAAAAAGCUUUUAUGAAGGCUAGCUCUGAAAUCUUCAGCCAAAAAACAAAGGCCUCUUUGCUUGUCUCUAAUCAAAAUGGAAAUAUGUAUACACCAUCUGUUUAUGGCUGCCUUGCUUCUCUGUUAGCCCAGUACUCACCACAGCAACUGGCAGGACAAAGGAUUGGAGUUUUCUCAUACGGUUCUGGUUUUGCUGCUACCCUCUACUCCAUCAAGGUUAGCCAAGAUGCAACUCCAGGCUCUUCUCUGGAUAAAAUAAUAGCAAGCCUGACUGAUUUGAAAGCAAGGCUUGAUUCAAGGAAAUGUAUCUCACCAGAAAUAUUUGCCGAAAACAUGAUGCUGAGAGAAAAAACUCACCACUUAGCAAACUACAUCCCCCAGUGUUCAGUGGAUGAUCUUUUUGAGGGAACAUGGUACUUAGUACGAGUUGAUGAAAAGCACAGAAGGACAUAUGCCCGUCGUCCCAUGCUGGGUGACAGACCUCUGGAAGCAGGAGUGGAAGUUCAUCUGAACCUGGCUGGCGAGCAUAUUCCCAGCCCUGCCAAGAAAGUACCACGAAUUCCUGCAAAAAUGGACACUGAAGCAGUUGCUGUUACCCUUUCUAAUGGGGAACAUUAAGACGCCUCUGUGAGGUGGAAGCCAAUUAGAUAUGGGGAACAUGGGGACAUACAUGGGAUUAACCUGUUAUAACCCACAUUCAGCUGUACAAUACUGCUUAACUGGGGCAUGAAAAGUGUUAAGCUUGACACUCUGUUGUCUGAUGCGGUUUGUUGAUGUAUGUAGUUUAAUAACACUAAAGUUCUUGUGCUUCUUGGAAUUAAAAUUACCAAGGGCUCUUUGUGAAAACAUAGUUUUUAUUAAAAAAAAAAUAGUCAUGAUUCAGGAAUAGGUUAUGUCACUUCAGUUGUCGUCCUCCUCCUACCCUUUUUUGACUAAGAUCUAUAUAACAUUUUCUGAAACUAGUUUCCAGAGGAGAAGCCAGAUUUGUUAUAAAACUCAUUAUUGCGAUCAGUUAUUGUGAUUUAAAGUCUUUCAUAUAUCUAUUUGAUCUUAGUGUUAGGGUCCUAUGUGCCUUAACAAUAAAAAUGCCCUAAAUCUUAAAUAUGACUCUGAUUCCACUUUUCAGAAUUCCCCACAUUUUUUAGGUCAGUGCAACUCACUUGUUCUUCAAGGUGCUAAUAAUUGGAUAUAGUGGGGUUUUUUUCCAGUUGUUCUUUCUACCCUAUCAAGAAAGCUGCAGGCAUGUAACUAUUGAUAAGAUGGCUUCCAGUUUGUGUAUGUGUGUGUUUACACUUUUGUAAACGCCUUUUGCUUCCCUUCUCCCAAAUACAAUGUUUCUGUUCUGAGCAGAUUUUCUUCACUGAAAGUACUGUCCGGAUAAUGGCCAUUUAAUUAAAAAAUGGUUGGAAAAUAAAUUUCUUGGAACCUCUCCCUUGUAAUCUUUUAUAAAGGUUACUCAAGAGUAGGGUUUGUAUCAUUGGCUUCCAGGUGACAAAGAUCUGAUCAGAUGUUCAAUCCAAGAUCAAUGAUCCUGAACAUUUUGUGCUGUUUUAGGGUUGUGUUGAAAAGUUGUUCUGCGAGAAUAUCUGUGGCUUUGCACUUGUAUAAGUUGUUUGAUAUUUCGGGCUUAUGUAACAUUCAGUUUCACCUCUGAAAGCAUACUCAAAGGCUGCCAACUCCAAGUACUUAAAAGCAGACAUGCCUCUUGAACACAAGUCACCAAAUAAUGCGUCUGGCUUGCUAGAUGUGGCUCCUAUCUUGAUUGCCAAUCUUGGACAGCAAAAACGUAGAGCAUUAGUCAAGGGAAAUGCAUUACGUGUAAGCUGAUUUUUGGCCUGUGAGUUAUCCUUAAGCAUAAUUCAAUAAUUUCUGUAGAUCUCCCAUCACACUAAGCGUUUGAACCUUUGCAAAUAUAGGCUUCACUGAGAGAAUCCAUUUGCCUUUUGGAUGAACUGGAACUUAAGAGAGAGAGAAAUCUUCUUGGCUUAUAGAAUAUAAUGCAUUUACAUUGAAGUUUCUGUUUUGGUUCCUUUUCCUUUUUUAAAAUAGUUCAAAAAGCAUUGUCUAAUAAAACUUGAAGAACUAAUGCAGAUUGUGCAAACAUCACAAGAUGUGAUCUUGUGUUACACAGUUUUUGUUUUUUAAAGUGACAAAGGUUUGGCAAUCUCUACAUAUGUAUAUCCUUUGAUUUAACAUUAACUGAUUAAACUGGUGGCUUAAGAACUGUGGGAUUCAUUUUUAUGUCAGAAAUGUAUCCAGUCCAUUGCAGGCGAUGGAUAGGCUGAGAAAACUGUAGCACAAAUUUAACCUUUAUAAACCUCACAAAGCAAUGAGGCAAAUGCCUUGUAAAAAUAAAUGUUAAAACUCUUUGAA